UGCUCCUUCCUUCUUUCCUUCCUUCCCGCCAAAAUUUGAGGCGGGGUAAAGACAAAAACCCCCAAACCAGGGCCCUAGGCUCUCUCUCUCUCUCUCUCUCUGCAGUCCAUCCCUAACUAAGUUCCAGGGCUGAGGCGCCUCCCAGGGAGCUAGGAAGGGGAGAAGAAGGAGGGAAAGGCGGCCAGAGGGACAGGCAGAAGGACAGGGGCUGGACCCUCCCUCCCCCCGGACCUCCCCCAGAAAUGUUCACCCGAGCGGUCAGCAGGCUCAGCAGGAAGCGGCCCCCCUCAGGCUUGUCAAAAGUCCGGGCUGCCGCUUACGUCAUGGAUGACUGACAUGCAUUUUGAAGUGGUGCAACUAGUGGGGAUGACAACCAUGCCAAAAAAGAAACAAAAAAAUUGGGAAAUAAAUGAUAGUGACAGCAAGCCAGGCAGCAGCCAACAAAAUCUGAAUGGCACCAGAAGAUGGGCUACAUCCCUAGAAAAUUUAUUGGAAGACCAUGAAGGUGUCAAGAGAUUUAGGGAGUUUUUAAAGAGAGAAUUUAGUGAAGAAAAUGUUUUGUUUUGGCUAGCAUGUGAAGAAUUUAAGAAGAUACAUGAUAAGAAACAGAUGAAAGCAAAAGCGAAUGAAAUUUACACAACAUUCUUGUCAAGUAAAGCUUCUUCUCAAGUCAAUGUUGAAGGGCAGUCCCGUCUGGAUGAGUCAAUAUUGGAAGAACCUCACCAACUAAUGUUUCAAAAACUUCAAGAUCAGAUUUUCAGCCUCAUGAAGUAUGACAGCUACAGCCGCUUUUUAAAGUCAGACAUGUUUCUUAAACUAAAGCAGACAGAAGAACAGGAAGAAAAUUCACCAGAUCCUCAAAGUGUACCAAAAAGAGCAUCAAGAAUUUACAACACGUGAUCCAAAUAACAACAAACAUUAGCUCCUACUGAGACUGUAUAAUGAAAAGCAAAUGAGUUCUCAAGAAUAGUCUUUGAGGGUAACACAGUUGUAAUUAAAUCUUGAAAAACGAACUCUGAUAGACCAUUGUUUAACUUGUCUGAAUGACUAAUUGUUUUUGUACAAUGGCUACUACCAAAUUCCUUGCCUAACAUGGUUAUACUAAACCCUUACAAGGAGUGAGGAGUUUGUGAAUAAUCUACAAACAGACUAGGAUGCUUUUAUCUUGCUAUAUUUAAAAAAAACAUUCCUAGUGAAUUAUUGGAAUGUAGCAUAAAAACUGUUAUACAUUUUCCAUCAUGUAAGGAAAGGCAGGAUGUCUGUUUUGAAACCCUCAUAACCCUAAACACAAAUUUUCUACAAAUGCACAUUUUUCAAGCUACCUGAGAUAAUUUAUAUUCUCACUAAAUUUUCCAUAGUUGAAUGACAAAGCUGAAUUAAAAAAGAGCUGAACUCCCCCACCACUGCUACCUAGAAAUGUUGAGACCUCAGCCAAGAAUUCAUGAAUGAAAUAUUAAUUUAACUCAACUUUUAGAAAUACACGUUUUCAAUAGGUAAUCAAAAUAAUUACAAAAUCCUUUUGUCCUCUCUUUAUAAUAAAUAUAUCAAAUAUUUCCCCAGCAUACUUAUUUUUCAGGGGUCUUUUAACCAUGUGUUUUGUUUUGAAAUUGAGCUUCCAUGCCAGUGACUUUGAAAAUUAGUAUUGUUUUUAUUUAGGGAACCAUAGGCUUGUUUUGCUUGGGGAAGGGGCAGGUGUGGCCUUUUUACUUCCCAUAAUCUGUCACCAUUGGCUAUGUUGGCUAUGACUGAUGGGAGUUACAGUCCAAAAACAUCUAGAAGGCCAUUGUUGCUUGUCCCUGCUUUGCAAGCUAAAGUAAACUUUUUCACUGAGCAGCAACUAAAAUGUGGUUUACUGCUAUAGCAAACCUAUGCCAUGAAACUCCAACCAGUUCGUUUCUCUGCAUUCCAAAUACAUGUAGAAAUUUUCCAGCUGCAGCCUGAUGUGUCAGUUUAUCCAGAUGGGUGAGAUGUACAGCUAAUGCACACCCAGUGAAUAUGUGUUUCCAGUUCAAUAGCAAGUAUGAACAAGCUCUAAGCUUUCCAUGCUCGUUUAAAGAAAUUUCUUCUUGGUUACCAACAUCCCCCCCCCUUUCAGAUUAUAUUCUAGUUAGGCUUUAUUUUCACCUGCUUUCAUGCUAAAAUUGUUUUCAUAUGUUGCAACAGGCUAUUCCACCAAUGAAAUCAAAAUUGAUAUUCCCAUCAUACACUUUGUUCAAACUGAGUUUGACUCAGAACAUAAAUUAGUGAUUCCUGUUUGCUUUGUAAUUAGAAAACAGAAUAUCAGAGCCUGGAGAGCUCAAUUGCCUUCUAGUUUUAAUAUUAUUAUAAGUACUGCUGUUCAUAUUUUCAAACAAAUGAUUCCUUGUGAUGUAAUGUUUUUAUCUCAAUUCCAUAGGAGAGUAUCUAGCAACUGAGUAUCAUUCAGCCAUUAGUGUAAUUGACAGCCCAUGCAUACAGAUAUAAGAAAAAGAGGUAUUGUUGCAUAUUAGAAGCACUUUCAUCAGAUUGCCACAAGA